UGCUGUAGGAGCGGACGUGAGCGAAUUGGUCGGAGGAGCCGGCGUGUAGGCAUGGGCGCCCCGAAGGGACUCGAGCAGCAGCCUCCCCAGGAGGUUGAAACAAGAGAGGAUGAAGAACAAAAUAUUAAGCUAACUGAAAUUUUGGAGCUAUUAGUGGCAGCUGGCUACUUCAGAGCAAGAAUUAAAGGGCUGUCACCCUUUGAUAAGGUGGUAGGCGGCAUGACAUGGUGCAUCACAACAUGCAACUUUGACAUUGAUGUUGACUUAUUGUUCCAGGAAAACUCAACCAUUGGUCAAAAAAUUGCCUUAACCGAGAAAAUUGUGUCAGUCUUGCCCAAAAUGAAGUGCCCUCAUCGCUUGGAGCCUCAUCAAAUACAGGGACUGGAUUUCAUUCACAUAUUUCCUGUUGUGCAGUGGCUGGUGAAACGUGCAAUAGAGACACGGGAAGAAAUGGGAGAUUACAUUCGCACAUUUUCUAUAUCACAGUUUCAAAAAACACACAGUCUUCCAGAGGAUGAUGACUUCAUGCAAAGGAAAGAGAAGGCAAUCAAAGCAGUUGGUGAGAUAUCUGAGGUGUACAAGCCCCAGAGGAAAUAUAAACGACAAUCAGUUGCAGAAAAGUUACUAGACGAGGAGUCCAAAGUUCAUGCUACACUUCUGGAAUAUGGCAGGAGGUAUGGAUUCAGCAGGCAAGGAAAAAUUGAGAAGGCUGAAGACAAGAAAAUCGUACUGCCUGCAGGACUUGCAUUGACAGAGAAGAAUGAUGCCUACAGUGAAGAUGAUCUUCAAGCUGCCGAAGAGCUUCGUAUUAAAACAUUGAUGAACGAAAUGGCUGCAAUGGGAACAGAAGAGAGCCGACUGACUGCAAACACCGUAGGCCAGAUAGUUGGUCUUCAGUCUGAUGAGAUCAAGCAGAUUGUGUCAGAAUAUGCUGAAAAGCAAUCAGGGCUUUCUGCAGAGGAACGUCCAGAAAGACUUGGAGCUUCCCAACAGCACAGAAGGAAGGUGACGUCAUUAAACAAGCAGAUCUUGCAGAAGACGAAACAACUGGAAGAGUUGCAGGCUAAAUGUAUGGACCUACAAGCUAGUUGUAAUGAGGCAAAGAAGACAUUGAAUGAGGUUAAGAAUUAUAGUGAAAAAUUGUGCAAGGAGGUGGCAGCCUUGGAAACAGUGGAGUCCCAAGCAGACUCAAAUGUACUACAGAAGCUUCGAGCAUUGGUGGCAAUGAAUGAGAAUCUCAAAAGCCAAGAACAAGAAUUCCGGUCACAUUGUAGGGAAGAGAUGGCACGCCUCCAGCAAAACAUUGAAAGUCUGAAAGCAGAAGCAGCUGAAAACGGAGAGGAGAAGGAACCUACUAAAAUGAUAGAUCAGCAGUACAAAGCAGAGAGAGAGAAGCUGCAAAAGAUCAGACUUCUUUUGGCCCGACGAAAUAGAGAAAUAGCCAUUUUACAACGCAAAAUUGAUGAGGUCCCCAGCAGAGCUGAGUUAACCCAGUACCAGAAGAGAUUUAUUGAACUUUACAGUCAGGUAUCAGCAACUCACAAAGAAACCAAGCAGUUCUUUACUCUCUAUAACACGCUAGAUGAUAAGAAGGUGUAUUUAGAAAAAGAGGUUAACUUGCUGAAUUCAAUUCAUGACAAUUUUCAACAAGCCAUGGCUUCUUCAGGUGCUCGAGAGCAGUUUUUGCGGCAGAUGGAACAGAUUGUAGAAGGAAUUAAGCAAAAUCGAAUGAAGAUGGAGAAGAAGAAACAAGAAAAUAAAAUGAGAAGAGACCAGUUAAACGAUGAAUACCUGGAGUUACUAGAGAAACAGAGGCUUUACUUCAAAACAGUGAAAGAAUUUAAAGAGGAAUGCCGUAGAAACGAAAUGCUUUUGUCAAAGUUGAAAGCCAAAUUGUCUUGAAGAACUUCAGCCAGUGACUGAUUUGGAUAAUGAGUGUUUUGUAUGUUUUCAUUUUGUCCUAUCCAAUGACAAAAAUUAUACUUUUAAGCUAUAAUGAUGUAAUACAAUAUGGCUAAAAGGAAAUAUUACCUUAUUUGUUUCUUGUGUAGAAAGGUUUACGAUGACUUAAGAAUGACAUUCUUUCAUAUUUUGAUCUACCUUUGCUCUAGUCAACAUUUCAAGAAAUAUCUACAUACAUUAUAAAAUGUGCAUCCUCUUUUAAACAAGGAAGAAUAAAUAGACAUGCAGUAAACAAAGAGUACUGAACUUAUUUGACUGUUAACUUGAUGAAGAAUGCUUUUUUUCUGUUUCAUAAGAAGCAAAGCAUAUUGAUCAUUUUCUUAUACUGUACUGAAAACAUUUCAGACAACAAAAAUCUGAACCAGGUGUCUUAACUCUGAUUAGAACAGGAAUGAAGGUUUGCUGAAUUCCCAGUACAGUUUUAUAGGUCAGGAGCCUGUAAAUCUGCAUACAAACUACUAGAGCACAAACUGCAUGAUCAGGUAUUUCUUCAAAAUGUAAAUUACUUCUGCAUUUGCUUUGGAAAUAACUCAUUUGUGAGCUUGGGCCUGGAAGGAAAUUUUAAGUUCUUGCCCUCCAGGCAUCUGCAAUGAUAAAUUCAAGAAAUGUAAAUGCCUCGGCUAACUUCAUACUCCCUCACCAUAGGAAUUACUGUGUAUAAGCAGCAAUAAUCAGUUUUUGCCCACUAAUUCAUUGGAAAGCAAAUGUUCAUAUGUUAAGGAAAGCAAAUGUUCAUAUUCCAUUGGCUGCCAAAUAAUGCAGUGCCUUCCUGGAGAAAAGAGGUGUUAUUUCCCCCCUUUCCCCAUGCAAGCUAUAGCCAUACAUGCCACAUCACAUGGCAUCCAACAUUAGAAGUGUUUUUCCAAGUCAAUGCAAUGGGGUGAGGAUAGAAAAGCACUAUUGUAGGUGUGGUCCUUUGGAUUCACGCCUGUGUAGCCAUUUACCUCAUGCUUGGGUAAAUCUGAUUUUUUUCCCCCAACUAUCUCUGCCCAUGGGGGGACUGCAGUGUUAAAGUAAUCUGAAAUAUGUGAGCACACUUACAAACAGUUAAGGCUACCAUUAAACUACAGUUCAACCUGUUGUCAGGGCUUGUCGCUGCUGCCACUGGGUGGGGUGCCGGCUGGGCCGGCCCUGACAUCAGAGGGGCACCAGGGAUGCUGCAGGACCCUGUUCUGUGGAAGGAGGGGCGGUAUACAUCACCCUGAUUCCCUCUCAAUCCACUCGCUGGCCUGCUUAACCUGGUCUGCUUACCCUCUGCGUCCUCCAUCAUCUCCUCCUCCCAGAACUCUCCUCCAAACCUCCACUCUUGCACUGCACUGCUCUGCUCUCACUCCACACCAUCACUCCUCACUCACACCCACCACCCCAGAGCUCUUCCCAGCCAGCUUUUAUAGUGUUUCCUUUCUCCACCCUGCCCUCCUUCCAGGCUUGUUCCCUCUCCUGACUUGGCCCAGCUGUGCCUUCCCUCAGGUGUUUCCCUCCUAUCACUAAUCCCUUCUAGGCUUCUUUGCCUUGCUGGCAGGGUGGGGUUGAGUGUGAGCCAUCCCCAGCUGAGGUCUCCUUGGUCUUGCUCACAAGGAGCAGCCCCAGCCAGCUUCUGUGCUGCUGAGCUUGCCUGGCCUUGCUCACGAGGAGCUGCCCCGGCCAGCUUCUGGGCUGCCUGCUCAUUGAUACUGGGCAGGGCUAUCCAUCUCCUCCCCCAGAAUGCCUGUGGCAGCUCCACCUGGAGGGGUUUGGCUCCUAGCAACUCCUGAGCCAGGCUGCUGUCCUCUAGCCGGGGUGUGGCUCUGGGCUGUAGUGGCUGCUUCUCCUCCUUGGCUGGUAAGGGCUCUGUUUGGGCUGCUGCUGGGUCCCUAUUUCCCCUGCCUCGGCCCUUUUUCUCUGGCCUGCUUAGUCCCCUCUCUUCCCCCUGGAGGGUGGGACUGGCUGGUCUCUCCCUGCUCCCUCCAGCCCUCUGAGGCUUUGGCCUUUCGCUCCUUCCCCCUGGAGUGGGCAGGUUCUGGACCUGGUUGCUGGCUGGUGUGGUAGGGCCACUGCCAGUUGCCUCCCACUGCUCCCUCCUGGCAAGUUCGGGGGCUGGGACGCAGACCCUGGACACAGCCCCCCGCUUAGCUUUGAGUUGUGGGGGUCAGAGUCAGCCUCGAAUAUGCAGGACAUGAAGUCCGCGUCCACAUGGCGCGCCCCCUGGCGGUAUUUGAUAGUGAAUUGGAAGGGUAGGAGGGAGAGGUACCACCGCAGCACCCGGGGGUUGUGCGCCUUCAUGCGGUGGAGCCACUGCAGGGGCGCAUGGUCUGUUAGUAGGACAAAGGGAUUAUUGGCCAGGUAGUAUUGCAGGGCCCCCACUGCCCACUUGACCGCUAGGGCCUCCCGCUCCACUGUUGCAUAGCGCUUCUCUGCGGGCUGCAGCUUCCGACUCAGGAAGAGGAUGGGGACGUCUGUUCCAUAUCUAAAUCACAGAAAAAAGUUUAAGCUGCGCUUUACAACCUGUUUAAAAAGAACAUGAGGAACCUAGUAAUGAGCUGUCAGACAAGGUAUCCAAGUUUUUGCAUUGGAUGUUGUGCAAAUUGUAUAUGGACUAAAAAUGAUGGGAUAUCAGUGGAUGUUAGAAAAGUUGGUUCAGUGGCCAUAUAGUGAACUAUGUUCACUAUAACUUGUAAACAGAGUCUGUGUACAGUGUACACUUAUUUUUUAAUAUGUGCAUGGAAUAAUUCUCAUGUUACAUUCAGUGUAUGUAUAGCUGAAUGUGUGAAUUAAACUCUACAUUUAUCCA